UCACGAAGGAGUAUAUGGAUAUCCUGGAAGGUAUCAAGAUGGAUAAAGCUCUAGACGAAGUAAAGAAGAAGAUUGCGACUUCAAGGAGAGGGGGAGCUCCCAUUACGGAGCUAUCAUGUGAUAGCAGCCGAAGUGAGCAUCGCACUGGUGGGAGGAGUGAGAACUCGGAUAAAACCGACGAAAUGAAAGCGGGGGUUACCUCCACGCUGGGGGAUUUGUUGAAGUUGAUCAACGAGAAGCUGGAAGCGGUAGCCAAGGAGUCAAAAUUGACAUCGGAUGAGAAGGAAGAGUUGGAACGACUUCUUUGGAGAGAGAAAGCUCGUUCGGAGAAGGUUAGUACGGACUCCACAAGCAACGAGAAGCGUAAGGGAGGAGGGGGGGGGUGUACACCGGUGAUCAACUCACCAUCCGCGAAUCGGGUUAAGACUCGGUCACGUGGUAGUGCUAAGGGAAAAUCAAGAUCGAAACGGAUUGACGUGUCAUCAGAACAAGAAGGGCAAGCCGAAGUCAAGCAAAAUCUUCAAGCUAAGAUGGAAGGGAGCAGCAAGCUAGGUGAUAUUAAGAAGAUGCUGGCUGCGCUAAUGCAAGGGUUAGGGGAAGAAAAAGGCAAGGGGAAAGUCGUUGAGCCAGAGCUUGCUAAGUAUGAGCUCUCGGAAAGAGAUGACGUGGACUUGGUGCAGAAUGCUACCUGCAUUGAAGAUGAAGAAGAAGCCGAUAAUGGGGGCCUUGCAGCCUACAUAAUGCUACGCUUGGACUUCUACCAGUCUCUACACUACUCCAGAGUGCAAGAGAUGUGUAAACAGAAAGGUAUCCAAUAUUACCGUAAGGAAAUGGGAGCCUAGGAACUCGCCAGGCUGGACCUUCAGGAUUACGCCGAUCAGCUGAACGCUAAUGAAUCCACGGUUGUUGU